AUGGCCCCCUCUCAGCUCCCCCCGUCUUUCAACCCUACGUCCCAGGACAUUGAGAUGCUGCUCGCAGCUCAGUGCCACCUGGGAUCCAAGAACCUCCAGGUUCACAUGGAGCCUUACCUCUGGAAGACUCGCCCCGAUGGUGUCAACGUUCUGAACAUUGGCAAGACCUGGGAGAAGAUCCUCCUCGCUGCCCGUAUCAUCGCCGCCAUCGACAACCCCGCCGAUGUCUGUGUGAUCUCCGCUCGUCCCUACGGCCAGCGUGCUGUCCUGAAGUUCGCCUCGCACACCGGUGCCACUGCCAUUGCUGGCCGUUUCACCCCCGGUAACUUCACCAACUACAUCACCCGCUCUUUCAAGGAGCCCCGCCUCAUCAUCGUCACCGACCCCCGUACCGAUGCCCAGGCUAUCCGUGAGGCCAGCUACGUCAACAUCCCCGUCAUCGCUCUCUGCGACAGCGACUCCCCCACCGACUUCGUCGACGUUGCCAUCCCCACCAACAACAAGGGUCGUCACUCCAUCGGUCUGGUCUGGUGGCUCCUCGCCCGUGAGGUCCUCCGUCUCCGUGGCACUCUUGCCUCCCGCGAGGCUGAGUGGGACGUUGUCGUCGAUCUCUACUUCUACCGUGACCCCGAGGCCGAGGAGACCAAGGAGAUCGCUGACGAGACCAAGGUCGCCAACGCCGAGGAGGUCGGCCCCGCUGCCAUCGAGUCCGGCUUCGCCGGUGACAACUGGGACACCCAGGGUGCUGGCGCUGGUGCUCCUGGCACUGCUUUCGCUGCUGCUACCGCUGCUACCGGUGCCGCCAGCUGGGAGGCUGAGGGCGCUGACUGGGCUGCCAGCUCUGCCGCUCCCGCUGCCGAGAGCUGGGCCGAGACCCAGCCCGCUGAGGGCAAGUGGUAA